AUUGAACGAAGCGAACAAACCGGUUUGUGCAAGGCAUACAACUUGAUUAGGCUGAUUGAAAAUGACUUCGUUGUCACCGUUACACCACGAUAGCGUUGGAGCUGGAUUUGAUCACCAGACUGAUCUAGAGCGAUCCCAUACCAGUGGAAUCGAUGAAGAACGCUUUCCUUGCGCUAGAGAUCAUUCCUACCUUCCCGGGGCUUCGCACCCCCUUUUCCCCGGAAAUCCACGCUCAAUAGGAUCCUUAUCCUACCACUCAUCUACAGAGGGAUUCAAAGGGCAAUCGGGAACCGGAAAUUUGAUCGAAAUGGCGGUACUGGACUUGCCAAGAAUUGUUCUGUUUCCAGGUACGACUCUGCCAAUAAGGUUGCACGAUCGUGGUUGGAUCAACUACUUGGGCCCCGAAAUUGACAGCAGUCGCUCAUCCCCUGGGUUAAAGGCCGAAGUCCAGUUUGGAGUCAUAACGAAGCAAGAACCUGUUGUCUCGGCGAUGAUGCAACGAAGGCAAUCUUGGACUCGACGAGGAUACGGACCCGAUCGUUUGCGGCGACUGUCGGAACGUGUGGUGGCAGAGCUGGGGGAUCUUGCUGACUUGUCAGAAGAGGACGAAGAUGCCGAAGGCACACCUAGAAUUCGAGCAAUAGAUAGAGUCAGAUACCGGCCUAGUAGCUCCCUCGUCCCUGAACACGACCUUCAUAGCGAAUUGAGUCGCCAGUGCAGAAAUGAAAAUUCUCCCAACGGAAGGAUAGGAACAAUUGCGACCAUCGUGUUCACACACGGAGAUUCAUCAAUAGAUAGGGCGACUUCUAGUAUUCGGCGCCUACACAAUGAGGAGCUUGCCUUUACCGCUGUUGGUACACGCCGAUUUCGCAUUGUUUCUUCAGUAAGAGAACUGCCGACGAGAAACUCAUUUUACAACCAGCACGUGCCACGCUAUAUUAUUGAAAUGUUGGAUGACAGACCUCUGACAAGACCACGGUUUGGCGUGAACUUAUUACCUAGGAAGUCUGUUUCUCUGAGACGAGUAGAAAGGGAACUCGUGGGGCUGUCUCGAGUUUCCCCCAUUCCUGAGUUUGUAUACAAGACCACAUGGCCCUGGAAACUUGUUUUAGACAUACUUGAGACCAUGGAAAAAUCAAUGAGCUUAGCAGGGUUACUCGAUGGAUUAAAGGCUACCAGUGGAAACAUAGAAGGGAGCCAGAGGCAUCUUACCGAGCCGCUCCAGUUUUCCUUCUAUAUGGCAUCCAAUUUACCAAUUGCCAGAGACGAAAAGCUCGCUUUACUAGAGCUGAGUACCGUAGAACGAUUGCGGUCAAUUCUUCAGAUUGUUGCGAGAGCAGAAUGUGAAGACUCCGUGAUUCAUUGUAAAACUUGCACAACGCAAGUCUCACAAUCGUCGCAAAUGUUUUCUGUUGGCGGAGCCGAGGGCACGAUAGGUGCAUACGUCAAUGAACACGGCUGCGUGCACCAAACUAUAACUUCAAGAAAAGUAAAGGAAGAAGAAGUUUGGUAUACGGGCGAUCCGCAAACGAAAGACUCUUGGUUUCCUGGAUAUAGCUGGACCAUAAUGUCUUGUGGUUUUUGUGGCGAUCAUUUGGGGUGGAAGUUUGUCAAAGUCGCAAGGACGGAACCGAAGAAUUUGUCGCGUCCCGAUUGCUUUUACGGCUUGAGUACAGCAAACAUCAAAACUCUACACCGCCCUGUCGGAUCUUGACCGCUUCCCGAGAACCGUCAAUUAACAGGAUUAAUUAUUCAAGCUAAAGAGCAGCUGACAAAUC